AUGUCGAGAUCGAUCUUUACCUCCACGUUUCGAGUCCUGUCCGAUUUCCUCAGACCUCCAGUACAGACUCCAACCCCGAACUCCGCCGAACUACAAGGCUCCGCUAGGCAAGUGGACUUCGACGACGUUGUUGGCCAGCAAGCCGCUGCAACACAUCGCCAGCAAGGAAGAAAGCGCAAGGCUGAGGAAGGUGAUCUGGAGGUGCCGCCAUUGAAGCGUGGGAUGAUUGAAGAUCGACACCCUCUGCGCCCCAAUGAAGACAAUCCCGGUGUAGACAUGACCCAACAUGGAGCCAACUCCUUUGCAGCGAAGAGUACUACUGGGAUGCGCAAAGAAAUAGAGCGAACGUUGAUGCCACCUCCACCUACACCCCACCGAUUUGCCAACUACAGACCCGGGCAACGCGGGGAAAUAAUGUCAAAGCCGGGUAUGACUACGUGGGCCGAUGAAGAUACUAUGUCGUUUGCGUCCUCUGCUUUGAGAAGGAGAAAAGUCGAAGACAUGGAUGACCAUGCUAUGGAAGACGCAAGAAGGCAUGCCGCAGCCAUCAGGCUACCCCCGAGGUCAGGAAUCUGGUCGCAAACGGAGCGUGAGCUCUUUUUCCAUCUUGCCUAUCGGGGAUUUGAAGCACUGUUACCUGAGAACUGGAUGCUUGACUUCGAUACCCUACCAAUCAGUCUCUUCGCACAGGGAAACGCCGCAGGUGUCCCGGUCAUCCACAACGUGAGAGACAAUCAAUUCCGAGCCUCCCAUGCUCUACGCCGACUCUUCGAAAUUGGUCACGACGUGCGUGACCGAACUUAUCUUAGUCCCGGCUCGAGAAGAGAGAAGGUUCUCGAGCGGGCGGUUAAACGGUACCUGUACUGGGCGCUGACGGAUGUUGGACUGCGACCUUCGUCAAGGUCACACCAGAUACCCGUCCAUGCCUUGGUCACUAAACGCGCCGGUCUUUCUACCCUUCAAACACUGGAAGAGAUAGCCCUAAAGCUACACCACCUUUCGCUACGGCAUCAAAGGGCUCGGGGCCUCCAUCACAGUAUUGAAGACGAAUCACUGCAUGCCUCCAACGUGGACGAGACUAGAGUCGUUGCUGACGACGAUUCCUCGCCGACGCUCAUCGGCCUGGUCAUUAUCUCCUCGGUCAUUGCGAUCGUGACACUCAGUCCAUUUUCUGUUCAGCCGGCGCAGCAAUCGAUUCGUCAGACAGCCUCACCACCGGGUUCCGAGCCUGACAUUAACUCCUCGACUCUCGAUGCUUUAGACUUCAACCCCGAUAGGUUGCGGAUUAUUGCAGAACUCGAUUUCAGUCAGCAGGAUCAGGAUGUCUGGAACGCUCUUGGGGUAGCCAUCGUCGCAAUGCAGAUCCGGAAAGAGGCUUUGAAGGCGAAUGCUGGGUUAUCCUACGACGACAUUGGCGGAGCAGGUGGCGAUGCAAUGUCGAUAGACGGGUCAAGGUUUGAUGAUAUGGAUGAAACGUUUGGGAGUGCCUCCAAAGCCGAAGCCGGAGUGGACGAUCCGGACCUCUGA